AUGAAGCGAAGGAAAGACGAUGACCCUCCGCCUCCAAAGGCAAAGUGCAAUAAAGAGAAAGCCGUCGAUCACGGGUUCCCUUCUUUGUUUUCACAAACGCAAACAAAUUUAUUCAAGAACACAUCUUUUGAAGCAAGUGAUGAUGAUUUUCAAGAAACACCAUUGCUUAGAAAAGGCAAGAACGUCCAUACUAUUUUGAAAGCUGCUAAAGAAGGCACAUCUGCUCCUGGUCCCUCAGAUGUUGUCAUCAAUGAAAAUGCAUCUAUGCCCGUAGUCAACAAAGAUACAAGUGCUCAAGCUGUCUCACCUGCUCCUAUUCCUUACACUAGCUGUACUUCUGCUCCCACCAAGGCCUCUAAGAAAUAUCAAAGCAAGGUUGAUAAAACUGAAGUACUUAAAAAGGAAAAAGAAAAGAACAAAGUGACAGGCAAUGAGCAAAAACAAAUGUGUUUUAUGAAUAAGUCAAAAACGAAGCCUCCAAAGCCUAAAGAUACCGUCGAGAAAACUUUUGUAAUCAAGACAUCUUUGGCUAAUACCUGCAGAUAUCCCAAGUUCGUUACCUUGGAAGAAUACUAUAACUUAUGUGGUUACAAUCUUGCUACAAGAAGACGAAAAGAACACCAAGAAUACCAUUUAGACGAAUUUAAGUAUAUUAAUGAGUUACCUACUUUAAAAAACUGCAAGCUUAACCUCAUUUUUACUAGCUGCCCCUACACGUCUACAAAACUAUCAAAGAAUUCACAACUACUACUGUCAAGAUCUCAAAAGCUAAAGUUCAAGACGUACAUCAACAAGCAAAAAGGAACUCAAGAAAUUGUUAAAAGACUCUUUGACAACAGCAAAAAGUAUGGCACAUCAAGUACAGUUGGCGCUAAAAACUAA